AUGACAUUUUCGGAGUUCGCAGGACAAGCGCACGAGGAUCCCGGCAAGUUCAUGCGGACUUGUCGCGAUCGUCAGACCCGGUUCGCAGUGCCACUCAACGAGUGGACUGAACGAGUCAGUGAGCGGUUGCGGGGGAGCGCACUCGACUGGUGGGGAAUGAUUGGCGAAUUUCAGAUGGAGUGGGAUGACUUCGUGGUCCGAUUCGAAGGGCGCUUCGACGGCGCACGCGAACACGCGCAGUACCAGCGCACGCUAUUCUACCAUCCCCAGGCCGCCGAUGAGGACGUGGAGACGUUUAUACGCAACAUAGUACGGUUGCACAGGCGUCUGGUCCCAGGAGGCCACAUCGGCGCAGCUUUGGGUGUAGUCGUGGAGUUAAUGGUCCCCGAGCUAUGGCCGUUCCUGCGGAGCGCCAACGGACGGGGGUUAGAGGACUUUGUACAACUGGCAAAAGAGGUGGAUCAUGACCUGCGCAGCCUGCGCCGACAGAGGAGCUCUCCGGCGCAGCGACGAGGGACGUACAUCGCGGAACUGACGACACCUGAGGAUGCGCUUGCAGUAGUCUCCUAA